CACAGGCAGCGAGAAGCCGUCUCGCCAGGCUCCCGCCGCCGCCGUCGCCGCCGCGCAAUCCGCAGCCAUCCUGCGCCCCGAGCCCCCAUCGCUCCUCCUGACUCGGCUCCCCAGGCACAGCCGGCUCCCCCGCACCACCACAGGCAGAUCGGGAGCGGCGCAGAGAAAUUUCCUUACUAGAUGACAUUUCAUCGCAAUGUCCGAUCGUUUGGGGCAAAUAACCAAGGGAAAGGAUGGGAAAAGCAAGUACUCGACUCUCAGCCUGUUUGAUAAGUAUAAAGGAAAGUCAAUAGAAGCUAUCAGAACUACAGUUAUUCCUAGACAUGGCUUGCAGAGUCUCGGGAAAGUUGCUGCUGCCCGGCGUAUGCCACCUCCUGCCAACUUGCCAAGCUUGAAGUCUGAGAACAAAGGAAACGACCCCAACAUCAUUAUCGUACCCAAGGACGGUACAGGAUGGGCAAACAAGCAGGAUCAACCAGACCAAAAGAGUUCCAGUGCGACGGCUGCACAGCCGCAGGAGUCGCUGCCGCAGCAGGGUUUGCAGAAGUCUGUCUCCAAUUUACAGAAGCCGACACAAUCGAUCAGUCAGGAGAGUACAAUUUCAGUGCCAGGUGGACCAAAGUCAUGGGCGCAGCUGAAUGGAAAGCCAGCAGGACACGAAGGUGGUUCAAGGGUCUCAAGCCGACUGUUAUCCUUCUCUCCCGAGGAAUUUCCGACGCUGAAAGCAGCAGGCGAGCAGGACAAGGUUGGCAAAGAAAAGGGCGCCUUAGAUCUGUCGUAUGGGCCAGGACCAAGCCUCCGCCCCCAGAAUGUCACUAGUUGGAGGGAGGGCGGUGGGAGGAACAUUACCUCUGCCACGUCUCUGACCGCCUCCCCUGCUGAGCCGGGCAGCAAGACCUCUAGUACCGGAGAUGGAGCCCCCUCCUCAGCGAGUGCCAGCGAUCCUAAGGAGCCCUCUCUGCGCCCAGCUCAGCCUGUCCGAAAAGGGGCAUCACAGUUCAUGGGAAAUGUGUACCAGCCACCUACAUACCAUGACAUGCUACCUGCUUUUAUGUGUCCACAACAACCACCCGAGACCCCUGCCUCGCUGGACCGUGGGUCUUUCCCUCUCCCUCAGCUUCGACUUGAGCCCCGUGUCCCUUUCAGACAAUACCAGAUGAACGACCAAGACGGGAAAGAGAACAGACUUGGGAUGUCUCGUCCAACUCGUCCACUUCGGCAGCAAGCAGAGCGGGCCCCCCGGCCCACCAUUAUCAAUGCGGAAAACCUGAAGGGUCUGGAUGACCUUGAUAACGAUGCAGAUGAUGGCUGGGCAGGCAUUCAUGAUGAAGUGGACUACUCAGAGAAACUGAAGUUCAGUGAAGAUGAGGAGGAGGAGGAAAAUCUUAAAGAUGGAAGACAGAAAUGGAACAGCUGGGACCCCAGAAGGCAGCGGCAGCUGUCCCUGAGCUCUGCAGACAGCGCAGAUGUCAAACACCCCUUGGAGGAAGGGAAGAACUGGGCUGACUCGGUGGGCUUGUCCCGGGGUGUCCGCAAAGUGCAGGACCCCCCACAGCCUCCAAGAAAGCUCAAUGGCUGGACCUCUACAUCAGAAUAUCAGAAGCCCCCAGUGGGCAGUGUCCUUAGACAGCAGUCCCUGGAAGAGAAGGAGGAGAAGGUGCCCCUGAGGCAGAAGUUUAUCCACUCAGAGAUCUCUGAGGCUGUGGAGCGAGCCAGGCGGCGACGGGAGGAGGAAGAGCGGCGAGCCAGAGAGGAACGUCUGGCAGCUUGUGCUGCCAAACUCAAGCAACUGGAUCAGAAGUGCAAGCUAGCUCAGAAAACAGGAGAGGCCCAGAAACACGUGGAGAAUGAAGAGCUGAAAACCCCCACCAUGGAAAAGGCCACAGUUCAGGAGAACGGCCACACUUUCCGGAGAGCAGCCCCCGAAUUCCAUGCCCAGGAAGCCUCUGCUGGUUAUCUAGAAGAGGAAACCGCAGCCACAACAGCAGCUGCCCAAAGCAGCAGUGAGGAGGAGCUCCAAGAAGCCACGUCCCCAGCACAAGAAUUCACCAAAUACCAGAAAUCGCUUCCCCCACGGUUCCAAAGACAGCAGCAGCAACAGCAGCAGGAGCACCUGUACAAGAUGCAGCACUGGCAGCAGCAGCAGGUCUAUCCUCCACCAUCCCAUUCGCACCCCCAGCGCACCUUCUAUCCACCACACCCUCAGAUGCUUGGGUUCGACCCUCGUUGGAUGAUGAUGCCUUCUUACAUGGACCCUCGCAUGGCUCAGGGCCGCACCCCUGUGGAUUUUUAUCCGUCAGCCCUUCAUCCUUCAGGAAUUAUGAAGCCCAUGAUUCAGCAGGACUCCAUUGGCGGAAGCAUCUGUAGGUCCGAGGAGCAGAAUUGUCAGACAUCUAUGCAGCAGGAAAGGAAAGCUCCUUCUCUGGACCCUGCCCCAGUGUGGGGCCAGGAGAGCUAUGCUUCUCUGCAGAGCAAGGGAUACGCUGUCUCCCAUCAGAAACAGGUGGAGAGCGUGGCUGUGGAGGGACUGCAUGCCAGAAGCGAUAGCUCUUACUCUGCUUCGUCUGGAAGGUCAGAGGCUGUGAGCACUCAGCGGGACCUCUUUGAGGAGAGAGGGGAGGAGUACUUAAACACCUUUGAGAAGAAAGCCCAAGCCGACUUUGACAGCUGCCUGUCAUCUCAAAGACUAGGCCAAGAUCUUUUGUUUCAGCACCAGGAGAAGGUGCAGGAUGCUUGUGUUUCUGGGAGCUGCCAUGCAAGCUUGAGGUGUUCGCCCCUGGAGUCUGACUUUGUACAAGCUGAUAAGAAACCAGAGUAUAAUGGCUGGGACAUCAGCCACCAGCAGAAACCCUCGGAGGCUGCCACAGAGGCAGAUGAAGAGGCUUCCAGGGAUGAACACUCAUUUAGUGCUGACCCCUGGAAGAAAGAAGCGGCUACCAGCAAGCCAACUGUGGAAGAGUCAACAGAGUGGGCUUCUGAAAACAGAAACUCUAGCACUCAGCACCAAGAGCAGAUGGGGCGGACACGGCGAUCCGGCCCAAUUAAAAAGCCAGUCCUGAAAGCCCUCAAGGUUGAGGAGAAAGAGAAGGAGCUGGAGAAGAGUAAGUUGGAAGGAGAAGGUGCCUCAUGCCCAGCAAAAGAAAAAGCCCCUGUCUACAAGGUAGAGAACGAGUCAGAAGAGCCAGCAGCCUUGCUAAACCCCACUCAUUACCUGCUGGAUGACAAAGGUUCUUCCCCAACCAGCAUCACCCGGGACACCGAGAAAACUCAGGAGGAAGAGGAGGAGGAUGAAGAGGAAGAAAAACCUGAAAGAGCGUGGGAGAAUAAGCUGUCCCGAGAGUCUAAUGACCUGCCUCCUACUAAACGAAAUAACUGGAUCUUUAUCGAUGAGGAGCAAGCCUUUGGUGGGAGAGGCCAAGGCCGUGGGAGAGGCCGGGGCUUCCGAGAGUUCAGCUUCAGGGGCCGCGGCACUGUGGUUGGCAGCAGGGGCGUCUACAACAACCCAAGGAGCAGCCGAGGCCGUGGCCUCCGGGAGUUCAGCCAGCAGGAGGACUUCCCCAGGGGCAAACCCAGGCGCAGGAUAGCCAGUGAGACGCACAGUGAGGGGUCCGAGUAUGAGGAGCUGCCCAAGCGUCGCCGGCAGAGGGGAUCAGAGAACAGCAAUGAGGGCUCUGCUCUGGAGAGGGAGGAGAACGACCUGAAGAAGGGAGAUUUCAAGGAAUCCUGGCGCUCCAACAAAAUCUAUUCAGACGAUCACAACAGUCUUGACCCAAAGAUGAGGGCCCCGAGAGCCUUUGGGAGGUCGCUACCCCCAAGACUGAGCAACUCUGGCUACGGGAGAAGAGGUUUUGCAUCCAAGGAGCCGUGUCAGUGGCAAGGGAGGAGUGGGGGAGCCGUGUGGCAGGACUACAACCACAGCACUCCAUCGGACACUUUUGGGGGCAGGCGGCAGCCUGAUCGGGAUUAUCUCCAGGACUCUUACAAGCACUCAGACGCCUUCCCUGGAAGGGGCUUUGAGGAGACUCCUAUUGAGGACAAAAGGCACUUUUUCCAGGAAGAUUACACUGCUGACCCAGAGAACAUUGAGAACAGGCCGUUCAGGAGGCGGCGCCCCCCGCGGCAGGACAAACCCCCCCGCUUCCGGCGUCUCAGGCAGGAGAGAGAAUCUGUGGGUCAGUGGAGCCCCGAGGAAGGGGGAGCCAACCUCCUGCCCAGCCACUGGCCCGGAAGACCCAAGCUGACCACGGCGGAGAAGAACGGCAUCUCUGGCCAGAGGUCUCCGGAGCUGUCCUACCAGAACUCAUCAGAUCAUGCCAAUGAGGAGUGGGAGACGGCGUCUGAAAGCAGUGACUUCAGCGAGCGGCGGGAGAGGCGUGAAGGGGUGGCCGAGAGCGAAGCGCAGCUGGACGGUGGCCUGGCCGGCAGCACCCUGGGAGAGAAGAGAGAGCUGGCAAAGAGGAGCUUCUCAAGCCAGAGGCCUCUCGUGGACCGGCAGAGCCGUAAGGCAGAGUCCACAGGGUUUGGGGAGCAGUCGAUGAGGGCCAGUGGCGGGGCGGCCUCCCACUAUGAGAGCAAAAGGUCCCCAGAAGAAGGUGGGAGUCUUGGCAAUGCCAGCAGCGGGAGCAGCCACUCUGUGUACAGCCUGGAACGAGCUUCGCACGCCAAUUCGGACAGCGCUGAGGGCCCAGGUAAAAAGGUGGAGAAAGAGCCCAAGUCCACGGCCCAGAGAGCAAGUGACGAGGGAGAAGCCAUGUCACAGUUCGAAUUAAAUUAUGGAAAUGCCAUCAUUGACAAUCGGGUUUCAAGCACAGCGGAGGAGAACGAAGUGGGUUCUGUGGCAGGCGAAGGCUUCAUUGAGGUCCUCACUAAGAAGCAGCGCCGUUUGCUGGAAGAGGAACGUAGGAAGAAAGAACAAGCUGCCCAGGCACCAGCCAAAGGCCGCGUGCUUCAGUCUCGUAUCCCUCCUCGAUUUGCCAAGAAGCAGAACAGCAUGUGCCUAGAGCAAGGCGAUGUAGCCGUGUCUGGAAACAGUCUGGGCACCGAAAUCUGGGAAAGCAAUAGCCCAGCUCUCUCAGUUCAGUCACCUGGCAGCGAUUCCUGGAGCAAGCCUGUGAAUGGGUUUAACAGCGCAGAAACCAGCCCCACUGAGCAGGGUUUUAAAGGCAGCCAGGGGGAUAGUGGCAUUGACUUGAGCGCAGAGUCUCGGGAAUCCUCUGCUACCUCCUCUCAGCGCAGUUCUCCGUAUGGCACCCUCAAACCAGAGGAGAUGAAUGGGGCUGGCCUGGUGGACCCAAAGCCCGACUGCCAGAAGGAGCAAGUGCAGAAGCAAUCUGAUAAAAAGGAUUCAGAUCAAGGCUCAGGACAGAACAAGGAACACAAGCCCGGACCGAUCGGCAAUGAACGCUCCCUGAAAAACAGAAAGGGUUCGGAAGGGACGGAACGGCUGGAAGGGAAUAUCCCUCCUGUUAAUGGGAUGGAAAUUCACGUGGAUUCUGUUCUUCCUGUGCCAUCUAUUGAAUUUGGAGUAAAUCCUAAAGACUCUGACUUCAGCCUGCCACCUGGUUCUUCCUCCAGUACAGCAGCUAACCCUGUCGCCAAACUGCACGAUGCCUUGGCUAGUAACGCUGGGUUAACGCAGUCCAUUCCCAUCCUGCGACGAGAUCACCAUCUCCCGCGGUGCAUCGGCCUGAACCCAAUGUCCUUCCCCACGGCAGACCUCACUCUGAAGAUGGAGUCUGCCCGCAAAGCAUGGGAGAAUUCCCCUAGCUUACCAGAACAGAGCUCUCCAGGAGGUGCUGGCUCAGGCAUCCAGCCGCCUUCCAGCGUUGGAGCAUCCAAUGGUGUCAGCUACAGCUCGUUUGGGGGCGUUUCCAUGCCUCCUAUGCCGGUGGCAUCUGUAGCACCUUCUGCAUCUAUUCCAGGUAACCACAUCCCACCCCUGUACCUUGAUGGUCACGUGUUUGCAAGUCAGCCACGCCUGGUUCCUCAGACGAUACCUCAGCAGCAGAGCUACCAACAGGCUGCUGCUGCUCAGCAGAUUCCCAUUUCCCUUCACACAUCCUUACAAGCCCAGGCACAGCUUGGGCUCAGAGGUGGCCUGCCUGUGUCCCAGUCCCAGGAGAUCUACAGCUCCAUACAGCCCUUCAGGUCUCAGGUGUACAUGCACCCCAGUCUGUCUCAGCCCAAUACCAUGGUUUUGACGGGAGGCACGACUCUAAAGCCUCCAUACUCCGCCUUCCCAGGCAUGCAGCCCUUGGAGAUGGUGAAAACACAGUCUGGGUCCCCUUACCAGCCAAUGAAUGGAAGCCAGACUCUGGUUUAUGAAGGCCAGAUAAAUCAGGCAGCUGGUAUGGGAGCUUCGCAGAUGAUGGACUCCCAGCUUACACAGCUAACAAUGCCUAUGCCUGGGUCCCAGCUUCCUCUGCCCCGUUACGGUUCUGGCCAGCAGCCACUGAUCUUACCACAGUCCAUCCAGCUUCCCCAGGGGCAGAAUCUGCCUGUCGGAGCAGCCCGCAGGAUUCUCCCGCCUGGAUCCCAGCCUUCUGUUCUUGCAACCAGCAGGGAGUCCUCUCAAAUGGAAAUGAAAGGGUUUCAUUUCACAGAUGGCAAACAGAACAUGUCCUCCGGAGGAUCUGUACCGUCUCCACACACGUACAGGCCUAGCUCUGCCAGCCCUAGUGGGAAGCCAUCUGGACCAGCAGUCAGUAUGGGCUCCAUGCAGGGACACUAUGUGCAACAGGCAAAACAGCGAGUGGAUGAAAAUAAAACCAACCUGGGAGCAGUGAAGUUGCAAGAGGCAUCCUCCACCAACCAGUUGAAGCCAGUGCGCACGGGAGCCAUCAAACCUCAAGCGGUCAAAGUGGAGGAGAGCAAGGCGUAGGAGCGUCCACGGUCCCCAGCUCACCCUCCCAGCUGGGGGAGGCUCCGCAGCUCAGCCCGGCAUCGUGAAAGUCUCGCCAGAUCACUCCCAUCCUACCCCGGACUGACGAAAACGACAUCCUCUCUCAGCCCCUCUCCCAACAAAGCAGUUUGAAACAGUGGAUUUGACAUUGACUUGCUUGCUUUAAAAACAAACCGACUACCCAUCCCCAUGUGACUAUUGAGUGGCUCGAGCCAUCUUUUUGUUCCUACCCCCAGCCCCCACCACCUCCCUUGCAGGUAGUUCAUUUGGCAAAGCCCAGUGAUCACGUUCCCUACUUCUGUCUCAGCGGAGUGGCAACUGGGGAGGGGGCCAGGUUGAGGCUUUUCAUUUUAAAGGCAGCUGAGGUUUUUACAAAAAAA